AAGCUGUGGAGUGAGCAAAAGGUGUGGUAGGACCAAGACAGUUGCCAAGCCACCUGUAUAGGGAAAGCGUUUGCUUUUCAGAUAGCGGUUCCUUACGUUCUGUUCCAACCUGAUCAUGGAGUGCGAAAAGUGCCCAUGGCACCAUGAGGAAAACCAGAACGCCAUCCUCUACACCCUCCUGAGCCAGAACUUGAGCCCCAACAGGAGCAGCGCUGGCUUUUCCCAACAGAGCUGCAUGUGCCACAAGCGCCGCACGGUCUGCCUCCGGACCCCUCAAGUGACCUGCCAGGCGGCCUCUGAUGUCUUGGUGAAGACCAUCACCUUUGUGAAGAACCUGCCAUCCUUCCAGCUCCUGCCCUGGGAUGACCAGCUCCUGCUGCUGGAUAGCUGCUGGGCACCUCUCUUCCUUCUGGGGUUGGUCCAGGAGAUGGUGACCUUUGAGGUGAUGGAGACCCCCGCCCCCAGCAUGCUGGAGAGGAUCCUCCUCGAUGGGCCCUGCAAGAGGCAAGAGCCGCAGAGGACACAGCCCACACUGGCCAGUGUGCAGCGGCUACAGUGCUGCUUGAACUCUUUCUAUAGCCUGGACCUGAGCCCUAAAGAAUAUGCCUAUCUGAAAGGCGCCAUUCUUUUCAACCCUGACAUUCCUGGUCUUAAAGCGUCCUCUUACAUCGAGAGCCUCCAGAAAGAAGCUCAGAGAGCACUCCAAGAGGUCUUGGCGCUUCUUCACCUGGAAGAUCAAGGCCGUUUUGCCCGCGUCUUGCUGGUUUCCUCCUCCUUGAAGUCCAUCCCUCCUUCUCUCAUCACCGAACUUUUCUUUCAGCCCAUCAUUGGCAAUAUGGACAUUCUCGAACUGCUCUCGGAUAUGUUGCUAGUGAAAUAGCUCCUUUGACAUCACCUUCUGUGCAUGCAUCAAAGCUAUGACUCUUUACUGAAUUCAAGAUGUGGAUAAGAGCAUCCUAAUGAGACUUUGCAGAUAAAGAGACUUAUUCUUUGUCUAGACCUCAAAACACAAGAAGGUGAAUUGCAAUCUGGUCUUUCAAGCAACUAAAGUCAGAAUCACAUUAUGGCGGGGGAAACCCUCCUAUUUUUGUGCAGCAUUGCAAAGGAUAUCAGAAAUACAAUCACAAUUUAUGAAAUAGGGGUAAUGCGGGUCAAAACCCCUGCAGCAUUUAAGGGCAUGCGAUUGACACACUUAUAUUGAUUUUCCUUCCAUCGUAACUCUUAUAACAUCCUCAUACUUCUCAAAGGAUGCUGGGAAUUGCAGUUUUCUGAUGGUGCUGAGAUGUCUUCAUAUCCACUGCCCUUCCUCAAGGAACUGCAGCUUCCAGUAACGUUUCAAUUAGAGGAAACCUAUCUCCUGUAAUAAUACAUCACCGCUUUUGAAUAACUUAGUCAUGAUAUUUAUCUCGCUUUCUUUUUUGGAAAUAAUAGAUAUUGGGACUAGUUCAGCUUAAAUAAGGGAUUUAUUUACACAUAAACCAACCGGCAUGUUCAUCUCUUGCUUAGGUGCAAGUACUCUCUCCUUAUCACAUCUUCUGAGAAUCACUUGGUUUUAGCUGGUGUCAAGUGGCGGAGACCUGUGUAUUGUGUCUAAGAAUCUAAAUAUGCCACCUUGUACAUUUGUUGUGUGUGUGUUUCCUUGAUGAAAGAA